UUGGCUUAGCGGAACUACUUGAAAUGUAAAAAUGUUCGAGCCUUAGUUGAAAAGGCAAACUUGGCAGCAACUUUGCAAGGUUCACAUAAUUAUGCGCAUUGCCUUGCCACGGAUCCUGUGCCACAUCCUUCUCUAUCACCUGCUCCUGAUCUCGUCCAGCCUUGCAGCCUGCUAUCCACGUGCCCCAAAUUGCCCGCCGCCCCAGCAGCAGUCGCAGCCGUGCAGAUCCCAGCUACUGGACCAAACCGACGACCUCACCAUGGGCAGCAUUAGGCAUGGCAGCUCCAAGCAGACCGCCACGAACAUUGCCCAGAAGGCGGCCCAGGAGGCCAAGAAGGCGUCGGACACCCAGGCACCUGCGGCUCUGGCCGCCGCCCGCCAGGUGAAGCACCAGCUGGCCGAGAAGGCCAUUGCUGCGGCCAAGGCCGCCGAGGCGGCGCUGGCGGGGAAGCAACAGAUCAUGGAGCAGCUGCAGGACGAGGUGCACGAGGCGGAGAUUAUCGUGCAGGAGGAGACCUACUCACUGGUUGGCUCGCAGUCAAAUGUCAAUGCCGCUAUGGCCACAGCGAAGCAGUGUCAAACGCUGUUGAAGUCGCUUCGCGGUUCGGUGAAAGUCGCCGAGGAUGCAGUGAGCAAUGCUGAGGCAGCUGCCUCCGGUGCCCAGCAGGAGUUGUGCGAAAAGAACCAGCUGGUGGAAACCGCUCGCCAGCGGGCAGAGCUGCUGAUGCAGCAGUUCCGCUCGGCCAAGCUGGACUACACCAACACGAAGAAGGCGGCCUACAGGGCCGCCUGUGCCGCCAGCGAAGCCAGGAACAAGGCUGUUAGGGAUCGAAGAUCCUUCAAGGAGCAGCAGCAACCAAUGCUGCAAAAGCUCGAACAGCAGGUGCAACAAGAAGUUAAAGGACCGGCGGAGGAAUGGGAGUACAACGAGCAGGGUAAAGCUAUAUUUUCUAACUAAUGUCCCAAUACAUUGUUCCAUACAUUUUAUUUUGCUAAAAUAGCCAACGAAUAUUAAAA